AUGAAGGUCAUCAUCGAGACGUGGCACAAGCCCCUGUGCCUGGCGCCGACGCUGUCGUCGACGCGCGUGAGCCUCACCGUGGAGCCCACGUGGAAGCUGGUGAAGCUGAAGCGCGCCGUCCAGGCCCUCUGCCGCACGCGCGCGGGGCGCACGUCCCUCGACCCGGGGCGCCAGGUGCUCUCCGUGAAGCAGGAGGACGAGGAGACGGGCGGCCUGAAGCGCGUCGUCCUCGAGGACGACGAGACCACUCUUCUCGGCUUCGACGUGCCGGACGGCGCGAUCGUCUCGCUGAAGGUGAAGGCCUUCGAGCCCAAGCCCGUCGAGGACCCGCCGCCCUGGUUCCUGUUUCUUUUUUCGAGGGGUUCGCGCGUUCCCGGCGCGGCGUUGUCGGGCGGGGUGGAGGUCGUGGUGGUCGUAAUAAUCGCAAGAAGGCAAGAAGCCGACGGUGACGACAUAUAUUGGCGUGGUUUCGCCACAGCGCUGUGCGCUGUGCAGCGCUCUCUCGUGUGCUCUCUCCGGAGAACUCCGAAGGAGAUGGUGCAGACGCGGAGGGCAAAGCAGACGCUUCGCGACAAGCAGGGGACGACGGACGUGGUGUCGCAGCUCCCGCACGAGCUCGCGCUCAAGAUUCUGUCCUUUGCUUCGGCGGACGCCGUCGUCGCGGCGUGCGGCGUCGCGAAGCACUGGCGCGACCUCGGCGGCACCGACGCGCUGUGGCGGCCCCUGUGCCACGACCUCUGGCGCGGGAAGCUGAACUUUGAGGGGCGGACGCGCCCGCUCUCGGCCGCCGUGCGCGACGACGCGAUCGUGGCGCGCGGCGCGCCCGUCGCGCGCGGCGCGGCGGCGCGCGUCGCGUACGACUGGGACGGCGCCGACCCGUGGAUCGGAGCGCACGAGCGCCUGGAGCGCCUCGACUGGCGCGCAUCCUACAGGCUCUCGCUCCUGGACGCGGCGCGGACGCGCAUCGCGGACGACGAGCUCGCGAGGAUCCCCUGGUUCGUGUGCUUCGGCGACGCGUUCGUGGCCCCUCGAUUGGCGGCGUCGUGCCAGCUCUCCGACGCCGCCAUGGCGCAGGCCCGGGCCACGGCGGGCCACACGUUCGCGCGGUUCUCCCUCGACGACGCCGCGCCGCGGACCUUCUUUUCCGAGGCCGAGGGCUACUACACGGACUCGUUCUACUCCCACCUGCCCGGCGACCCGGUGGAGGAGUUCAUCGCCCCCGGCGGCGUCGCGACCUGGCGCCGCGACAAGAACGACGGCAUCAAGCUCGCGAAGUUCGCCUCGUUCCACGCGCCGCUCGAGGCCUCGCGGCGCGCCGACUGGGGCUGGCGCCUCGCCAACAACUACGUCCUCAAGGAGUCCUGCGACGCGGGCAUCGUCGCCCGCGAGGUCUGGAAGAGCCCCGAAGUGCCGGAGGAGGCGCAGCCCUCGCUCGUCGACCCCCGGGACAACAUCAACUACUCGCCCCCGUCCGAGCCGACGUGGGCGCCGUCCCCCGGCGUCGCGGUCGCGUACUAG